UGCUGCCACUGUUAUUGUAUUGUAAAAAAGUAAAUUACAGUUUUUACGAGAAUUUAUAGCAAUAAAUACAGCUGUAACAUACAUUUUAAGUGUUUUAGAUUCUAAAUCAUGUAUUCUAAAUAUAUCGUAGUGAUUAUAGUGUCCACGUUCGCUGUAUUUGCGUCUGGGCAGUCUUAUGAAGAUAAGAGAUGCAAAUGUGUGUGCCCGAGCCCCGCUGCGGUGUUCAACAAGACCGUCGCAGACAAGACAGCCGAUCACCGCAGGCACUACAUCGCAAAUGUACAACCCAACAAAUGUAACUGCGCAGGAGUGAUUAUCCCUCGAGAUGGUGCAGAGAUCCUCGGUAGGGAACAAGAGUUCUGCCCAAGAUGCGAGUGCAAGUAUGAGAACAGAAACACCACUAUUAUCAAGGUAGUUGUAAUCAUAGUGAUCUGGGUAAUUAUGCUCCUGGUGGUGUACAUGGGCUUCCUCAUCUGCCUGGACCCACUCAUCAACAAGCGGGCGAAGGCUUCUUACCAGGAACACACCAAUGAAGAUGACGAGAGCACAAUAAGCGGUCCCUCCACCCAAAUGGGCGCUCGCGGGAACGUUUUGAACCGCGUCACGCAUCAGCAGGACAAGUGGAAGCGCCAAGUUAGGGAGCAACGUCGCAACAUCUACGACAGACACACCAUGCUGAACUAAGCCUUAUAAUGGAACUGGUAUGAAUGGUUACUGCUUUAGUAGGCGCGCACACCGUUGAUUUUUAGUUGGCCGAUAGUUGUGCCCGAUUUUAAUUUGUAUGAAGAAUCGGCCAAAUCGAAUCGGCGUAGUGUGCGCACUCCCAUACAUGCCCAUACUGAUCAACUGCCCGACUAAACUAUCGGCCGACGAAAAAUCAACGGUGUGCGCCUACUCUUAAGGCUGAGAUUAAUACACAUCGAUUUUAUAAAAAGAAAUUAUAAUGUUAAAACGCAUUUUGUAGCAUGUGUAUUGUAUUGUAACACACUUCAUAUAGUUUUGGUUCAUCUAAUUGGUAAAAAGGAUGGAGCAUUAAAUCAGUAAAUGCUGGCUCAUUUUCAUUUACUUUUUAAGCACUUAACACAAAUGCAAACUAAAAAACCCUAAAUAUACGUAAUAAAUUGUAACAUACAAAACAAUUUUAAAUAAAUAAAUUAAUAACUACGCUAGGAUUUUGUUUUAUGCAAUAAUCAUGCGCUAUGCGAAUUCGCUGUAAUAGUAAUAGUAAUAUGUACUCGAUUUGAUGCCAAAAUAAAGGUUUAUAUGAGUACAGCUCCAGCCAAAAAAGGUCAGUCGAUCCUGAAAUGUUAACUAACCAAUGUAACAAUAAAUUAAUAGCAUCAAACAACCGAGAAUAUUGUACGCGCCAGAGAAACGCACAGACUAAAAAUGCUAAUGUGAUAGUACCCUUACACCGGUUUCGCGCUACGUCUAAAUUCUGAACCAAAUCCGUUAAAAUACGGAACGUCGUAAAACUAUUGAUAAAGUAGGUUUACACACUAGAUCCGAUUUCUCUGUAUGUUUUCUAGAACCAUAUUUUGACGGAUUGGGAUUGGUCGUAAUCCGAAACCGCUUAAAGAGAUGCGUUAGUAUCAUUUGCUACGUGAAAAAAAAGCUUUUGCGAAUCUUUAGAUGCUCUUAAUUUUAUCAUUUUGGUCACAUGUCGUCCACGAAUUUGUAGAACCACGAGCAGGCUUAAGUUAAGCUUCAACCAAACCAACGCGUGCAGCCGGCGUGCACGAUGGCGAUAAGAUGUUGUGUAUGAAUUUGUAGCGAUGAGUUCACUUCGACGCGUCCUGUCAUUGGUCACGCGUCCUGUGAGACAUUAGCCUAUUCAAUUCAAAUCAAUUUAUUUAUUUAAAUAUAACAAUAAUCCACAUGGUAAGUAAAUGGAUGUCUUAUACGACUAUGUUAGUAGUUAUUUUUAAUUAAAAUUAUAUUCAUCAUCAUCAUCAUUUCAGCCACAGGACGUCCACUGCUGAACAUAGGCCUCCCCCAAUGACUUCCACAUCGCACGGUUGGUAGCGGCCUGCAUCC